AAUCAAAAAGAUUGAGUUUUUGGUAAAUCCGUUUUCCGUUUGGUUCUUGGGAAAAUUUAAAAUGAAAAGAGACGAGCGUUUCGUUUUAUGAAAUCGAGUUUUAAAGCGGCGAAGAAAACAAGUGGGAAGAAGGGAUUUUUUUUAUAUAAAAGAGGAAUCGAAUUGGUGGGAAAAUAUCAGAGAAAUGGCGGGAGAGAAGAGGAGUUUCGAGAUUGGUUACGCGUUAUUGCUGAAGAAAGAGAACAGUUUCAUCCGUGAAUCUCUGGUGAAUCUAGCGAAAUCGCGAGGCGUGGAUCUGGUUAAGAUCGACAGGGAGCGUCCUUUGGUCGAUCAAGGUCCGUUCGAUUGCGUGCUCCACAAGUUGUACGGCGAGGAUUGGAAGAGCCAACUCAAGGAUUUCCGUUCUCAAAACCCUAAUGCCGUAAUCGUCGAUUCUCCCGACGCAAUUGAAAGGCUGCACAACAGGAUUUCGAUGCUGCAGGUGGUGUCGGAACUGAAGAUCGAGAAUCAGAGCGAAACAUUUGGGAUCCCUAAACAGAUUGUGAUUUACGAUCAAGAAACCCUAUUCGAUAACCAAGCUUGGGAGUUGCUUAAGUUUCCGGUGAUUGCGAAGCCGUUGGUGGCUGACGGGAGCGCCAAAUCGCACAAAAUGACUCUGGUUUUCAACCGCGAUGGAUUGAACAAGCUUAAGCCCCCAAUUGUAUUGCAGGAGUUUGUUAACCAUGGAGGGGUGAUUUUCAAGGUUUACGUCGUCGGGGACUAUGUGCAAUGCGUUAAAAGGAAGUCAUUACCCGAUGUUUCGGAAGAAAAAUUGAAGACCCUAGAGGGCUCUCUACGGUUUUCUCAAGUUUCCAAUUUGCCUACACACGAGAAAAACGAUGAUCGGUAUUAUAAGAUGAUGCAUUUGGAGGAUACUGAAUUGCCGCCGCAGAGUUUCAUGGCAGAUAUUGCUAAGGGUUUGAGAAAGGCUAUGAAAUUGAAUUUGUUUAAUUUCGAUGUGAUAAGGGAUACUCGGUUCGGGAAUCGUUAUCUUAUCAUCGACAUUAACUAUUUCCCGGGUUAUGCGAAAAUGCCCGGUUAUGAAAUCGUUUUGACUGAUUUCUUUUGCGAUAUUUUGAAUGUGAAAGAAAAGGAGAAGGGUUUGGUUGAGGAGUGUAGCCAGAAGAAAAUGGCAGGGAAUGAUGGAAGGCUGUUGCUUAAUAAUUGUGAGGAAGAAGUAAGGAAAACUGUGACCAAUUCGUGCUGUAGCGAAGGGGAAGAGAUGGACAACUGUAUUCAAGUUUGACCUUCAAAUUGUAGGGAGAUUGAUGAAAAAAAGGUGUACCUUGAUUUGUUUUUGGAGUCGGUUUUCAGAGGGUUGUUGCAAGAUUGGGACCCUGAUGCCAGCGCAUGGAGGCAAAGCAAGUUGCACAUUUUCGAUUGUUAGACAUCGGUUCAUACAGGGGUCAAAUAAGUAGGUUGGGUACUUUGAGACUAGUUUUAGCCUCCUGACAACAAUUACAUGGUGCUCGAUGUUAAUCAUGUAUGUUCGUUCCGCUGUUGCUUUUGGAGAUAGGUACUUCUCAAAAUACUUUGACGUUUUAGGGAACUUUUAAGUUGUACUUUGAGGAUUUUAAGUGUUUAUUUUGCUUAGUAAUUGCUAUAGUGUUCACCUUGACAUGUUCAAUCAGU